CUUUAUUUCUCAGUUGAGUCCAAAGCUGAGCAAAGAAAGAAAGGGAAAUGGCUACGGCGGCAUUCGACAUUCCCCUGGGCUUGGGAAAAAGGGUCUUAAAGAUCGAAGCUGGAACUGCUGCUGAUACCGAAGCAGUAACAGACAUGGUUAGCUCACAGCUGCAGUUACAUCGCUAUCAAACCGGUAGACGGUCACGGGUUGUUACAGCUUUGACCCUUCAAAAAGACCACCUUUGCAAGCACCAGGGUUAUGUCCAAGCUGCCUUGGUGCUUGGAGGUGUUGAUUUCACUGGACCUCAUCUGCACACCGGAGUCCUUCCACUUAUAUACCCUCAUGGAUCAGUUGACACAUUGCCAUUCGCUACAAUGGAUUCUUGUUCUCUGGCUGCAAUGGUUAUAUUUGAGUCAAAGUAUAGAGAGGGCUUGACUGGAAGUUUACCUGUUUUGUUUGACGAAGAGAUGAAGGAAUACAGCUUGUCUCUGAGGCUAUAUGCUCUGCUCUGGGAUAGGACUUCUUAUUUUGUCUCUCGACCCAAGCCUCACCUUUUAACAACUGUUGGCACAGGGAGUCAGGGACACAAGGAGUGUUUGAGGAACCACCUUUUGCCAAAUCCUCGCACCUAUGUCGGUUCAAAGGGCUAUUCUUUUCCUAAGAAAACUGGUCAGUAAUGUGCCUCCCAUCCCAUUUAUAAAUUAGGCCUAGUAUU